AUGUCAUCAUCAACAGCAACAAAAGAUGAUCAACAACAAAUGUUAAAUGGAAACAGCCAAAAUAAUGAAAAUAUUUUACAUGUCAAGUUUUUGUUACCAGGUGCAACUACGGGUUCCGUAAUUGGAAAAGGUGGUGAAAGAAUCGCUAGUCUACAAAAAGAAACUUCAACAAAAAUGAAGAUGUCAAAAGCGGGGGAUUAUUUUCCCGGUACACAAGAGCGUGUCUGUUUAGUGGUUGGUUCAAUACCAAAUGUUCUCUCUGUGUAUGAUUUUGUCGGUGAUAAAAUAAAAGAAAGUUUUCCGGAUGUGUUGAGAAGUCGUCAGAUAAAAUUAGUGAUUCCAAAUGCCACAGCAGGUGUUAUUAUUGGCAAAGGAGGACAAACGAUUGAAAAUAUAAAACAAGAUACUGGGGCAUCGUUGAAUAUAACACCGAAAUGUGAUAUGGCCGAGAGAGUUAUGACUAUUAUUGGUGAUGAGAUAACUCGUCGCAAAACGUUAGAAGUUGUUUUAUCCAAAAUAUUACAAGAUCCACAUCAUGAUAGUGUGCCCAGUGUGAAUUAUUCCUCAUCAUUUGCAUCACAAUUAAAUUCAAAUCAGAAUGAUCCAUCAACAGAAAGCUUUACGGGGCCAAGUGGCAUUAACGCUAAAAUGGGUGCAUUAAUGUCUGCAUCGUCCAAUAUUACAUCUUCUGCGGGAGCAAAUGGUGGAACAAGUGCUGGUGCAAUUCAACAUAUAUCAGCCUUGUCAAACCAUUCACUUCAAAGUCUUGGUUUUCCCGAUCAACAUGCCGCAGACAUCGUUCAAGCAAUCGGCACACUAAUUAAUUUUGGUUUAAUAACAAUUAAUAUGGCAACAACAGCAAAUCCAUUUUCUUCGCCUUUGUUACAAUCACCACAACAAUUGUUUUCACAAACACAACUUCAAGGAUAUGCUACGAAUAUACAGAGAGAUCGAAAUGAUGGUUAUUCAGUCGAUAUGGACUUUAAACGUUUUAAACCCGAUCAACGAAAAGCAAAACGUUAA